GCGAGAUUAGUCUAUUAUCAUCAGGACAGCGCUGGGCGAGAGAAAAGAGGGGGGCACACACACGAGUCAACCCGACCCGAGUCAGAAGGAGCGGAUUAAGUGACGGGGUGUAACCGAAGUGGUUCAAGUUGGAACGGCAAAAACUGUCCUAAGCGAUUGUCUCAUUAAAUUUUGAGACUUGGAGAACAAUCAUUUAUUUGGACAUUUUUAGCAGGAGAACAACUGCUGUGUCGCUGUAUGUCGUGAACGAAAGGCUGCGGGGUGAAUCGGGCCAGCGGGAAGUGGAGAGAGUUACAGUAAACGUGCUGUCACUUGCGGACGAGCUUUGGGGACAAACCCUGUACAGGUCAUCCUGCCUUCGUUUCCCGCACUCGGACCGCUCCUCCAAGGCCCCGCCCACCCCGAAUUUGACCCGGCCCAGCCCUCGGGAGGAGAGCGCCAUGCCUUAACCCCCUGCCGCCAGCCUGCGGAAACCCUGUCCCCCCACCCCCAGCCCCCUUCCCCCUCCCCCUCCCCCGCCCACGUCCACGCCCCCCUCCUUCCCCCGGCCCUCCCCGCCGAUGCGCCCCGGCCCGCCGCGGGAGCGAUGAGCCAGGCCACGGGGUCGGAGCGGGACCCGCCCAAGAAGGCGCCCAAAAGGCGCCGCCUCUCGCUCCACUCGCUCUUCCGCCGGCGGGAGCCCUGGCGCCGGGCCCGCGACCCGCCGCCGCCCCCCGUGGCGGCCGUGGAGCCCGCGGCCUGCGGCGAGAGCGUCCGCUCGGAGCCCGGCGCCGACCGGGGCUCCGCCCUCCCCGGGAUGGGGGCGGGGCCGGGAGCGGGCGCGGCCUCGGCCUCCCCGGGCUCGGCCGCCCCCUCCUCCUCCUCCUCCGCCUCCUCCUCCUCCGGCGGCGGGGGGGCGGGCGGGGCGGCGUGCUCCUCGCGGGCGGAGCUGCUGGAGUGCCCGCUGUGCCUGCUGCGCCACCCGCGGGAGCGCUUCCCCGACAUCAUGACGUGCCCGCACCGCUCCUGCGCCGACUGCCUGCGGCAGUACCUGCGCAUCGAGGUCUCGGAGAGCCGCGUCAACAUCAGCUGCCCCGAGUGCGCCGAGCGCUUCCACCCGCACGACGUCCGCCUCAUCCUGGCCGACCGCGCCCUCGCCGACAAGUACGAGGAGUUCAUGCUCCGCCGCUGGCUCGCCGCCGACCCGGACUGCCGCUGGUGCCCCGCCCCCGACUGCGGGUACGCGGUCAUCGCCUUCGGCUGCGCCAGCUGUCCCAAGAUCACGUGCGGGCGGGAGGGCUGCGGGACGGAGUUCUGCUACCACUGCAAGCAGCUGUGGCACCCCAACCAGACCUGCGACGCUGCCCGGCAACAGCGGGCCCACAGCCUGAGGCUCAGGACUGUCCGAUCCUCCUCUCUGAGCUUCAGCCAGGAGAGCGGGGCUACAGCCGAUGACAUCAAGCCAUGCCCGCGCUGUGCUGCUUACAUCAUCAAGAUGAACGACGGCAGCUGUAAUCACAUGACCUGCGCGGUGUGCGGCUGUGAGUUCUGCUGGCUGUGCAUGAAGGAGAUCUCCGACCUGCACUACCUGAGUCCCUCCGGCUGCACGUUCUGGGGGAAGAAGCCCUGGAGCCGUAAGAAGAAGAUCCUGUGGCAGUUGGGCACGCUGGUGGGCGCCCCCGUGGGCAUCGCCCUGAUCGCUGGCAUCGCCAUCCCCGCCAUGAUCAUCGGGAUCCCCGUGUACGUGGGGAGGAAGAUUUACAAUCGCUAUGAAGGCAAGGACAUCUCGAAGCACAAGAGGAACCUGAUCAUCGCAGGGGGCGUGACUCUGUCUGUAAUAGUGUCUCCAGUGGUGGCUGCAGUAACUGUCGGUAUCGGGGUGCCCAUCAUGCUGGCGUACGUGUACGGCGUGGUGCCCAUCUCCCUGUGCCGCAGCGGGGGCUGCGGCGUGUCGGCUGGCAACGGCAAAGGGGUGCGCAUCGAGUUCGACGACGAGAACGAGAUGAACGCCGGCGGCGGGGCGGCGGCCACCGACAGCACCUCGGUGGCGGAGACGCGGAACAACCCGAGCAUCGGCGAGGGCAGCGUGGGGGGCCUGACGGGCAGCCUGAGCGCCAGCGGCAGCCACAUGGAGCGCAUCGGCGGCAUGCGCGACAACCUGAGCGAGAACGCCAGCACCAUGGCGCUGGCCGGGGCCAGCAUCACCGGCAGCCUCUGCGGCAGCGCCCUGGGGGGCUGCUACAACAGGCUGGAGGUGCAGGCAGACAUUCAGAAGGAGCGCUGCAGCCUGAGCGGGGAGUCAGGCACCGUCAGCCUGGGGACCAUCAGCGACAACGCCAGCACCAGGGCCAUGGCCGGCUCCAUACUCAACUCCUACACGCCCCUGGACAGAGACGGGAACAGCAUGGAGGUCCAGGUGGACAUCGAGUCGAAGCCCGGCAAGAUCCGGCACCACAGCGGGGGGAGCAGUGUGGACGACGGCGGCGGGCGGGGCGGGGGCGGGGCCUACGCCUCGGGCUGCCCCGCCGAGGGCCGGCGCGGCUCGGCCAAGUGGGUCAAGGAGCCUUCGUCGUCCUCCUCCUCCUCCUCGGGGAAAAAGAGCAAGGGGAAGCUGCGGAAGCGGGGCGGGGGGGGCGGCGGGGCGCGGGAGGCGCGGGAGGACGCGGACGCGCGGCUGCUGCGGCGGCGGCGGAGCGGCGACUCCAGUGGGCCCGACUCGCCCUCGCUGAGCGACAGCGUGCCGUCCGUGGCCGAGUCGCUGAGCGGCUCCGAGGCCGAGGGCGCCCGCACGCCCCUCGGCCCCGCCCCCACGCCCCUCGGCCCCGCCCCCCGCCCCGCCCACCACCCCGCCGCCGCCGUCAGCCCCCUGCCCGAGGUGGAGAACGACCGGCUGGAGACCUGCCCCUGCUCCGAGGCCACGCCCCUCCGCCACAUCUGCCCCGCCCGGCCCGAGUCCCGCCCGCCCAGCCCCGCCCGGAACGCCAGCGUCCAGACGGACAUCUAGCGCCUUCCGCGCACCGCUGGCCCAGGGACUCGAUCUCACGCUGUGCCGCUAACCGCCGCGAGCGCUCGGCGCUAGCUUCACUCCGCGACCCCAGGGCCCCGCUCCUCCUGUCAGAGGAGGCCGCCGCUGGAUCUUACUUCACCUCUCAUUCUUAUCUUUCCCCAGCCAGCUUUUCAGACUGGAACCUUUGGUUUGUGCCGAUUGGAAACAGGGUAGGUCCAUAGUGCAGGCCGGGCCGGUUGAGAGGCGGUGGUCUGGGACGGGUCCGCUGCCGAGCAGGAAAUGAUGCGUGCGACGUAGAGCCGUCUCCCGACCGUGAGCUGGUCUCCACCGUAGAUACGCAGUAGCCUAGAUCGGCCCUUGCAGCUUAAAGCGGGGGUCACAUGCACACGUGCUGGACGGCCAUAUUCGAGCAGGUCUGCUCUGCUGUGUAUCUACCCUCAGGGGGGUGGCUUGGCGCUCCGGAGCGUCGGUCGGCUGGGGCGUGCGCGCGGGUCCGUUUUUGGGGGCUUCUUUAGACAUGGGGAGAGAGGAGCGGUCCGGUCAGUCCGUAGCGGCGUUGGCGGUGACCCCUCAGGUCCGCCUGUGGGGGGCGCUGUGGUUCAGGAGCACCGCAGUGCCACCGCCCUCCACGCAGAAGCCUCCGCAAUAGCGCUGCACCAAGACACAAGUAUUGUGAAACGAUCCAAAUACUGCUCAGUAUACGUGCAUUUUAUUAGGGACCAGGGCAGAGCUGUUUUUCGCGUGUUUUUUUUUCUUGACGAUUCAGUAAGUGAUCCAGUUGUUGUGAGGGCGUGACUCUUCCUUCGUUUCGGAGGAGUGGGGCCACAGGAGCCGUGGGGCCACGACUGGGGCUAGGGGAUGGUUGCCGAGGGCGACAGCAUGUUGGUACCGGGGGUACGGUGUCGGUGUUACAGGUAGAGCAGGGCUCUCUCUCUGACCUCUGCUUUUCGCAGAAAGCCAUUGUUUUAAUCUGACGGACGUGCAGCAGAGAAUAUGUCCUCCCUGAAGUACGGGGGGGGGGGGGGGGGUCGCUGAAGAACCAGGAUCAGGGGGGAAAUGGCCGCCGCUUCGGUUUUCUCCCCAGGAGUCGAAGGUCCGGGACUUCUGCCAGCGGUCUCUAGGACCGCGACCGCCAGCGUUCAGCUUGCAGGAAAAGACUGACUUUUGUAUCUGUUGACUCAUUGGUGCCUUGGAAAACCUCUUUUCUUUCUUUGUAUCUCCAUUCUGUGUCUUCGAAACGAGAGAGCGGUUUGCUGAGAACGUCCGCGUCCCGUCUGGACACUCGUUAGGUGUUCGCGCGCCGCGGUCGCGACGCAACGCGUACCUUACUAUUUUUAAAAAUUGCCUACCAAAGACAGCACUCGGGCUCUUGUCCAAUCGUAUUCCUGAAACCCUUGACGAAGGUCUGUCCAGCAGGUGCUCCUCGUUGGGCUGAGCGUCACCAAUUCGGGCUGCUUCAGUGGGGAGGG